AUGUCUCCAAAGAACGCUGCUGAGCCAGAUGAGAUCACUGGCCAGAGUGCACUACCUAUCUCUCGUAUCAAGAAGAUCGUCCAACUUGAUGAUGACAUUGUACAAUGCUCCAACAACGCGACCUUUGUCAUCGCUAUGGCGACUGAAAUGUUUAUCCAAUAUCUCGCCGAGCAAGGACACAAUGUGGUAAAGUCAGAGCGCAAGCCGCGGAAGACUGUUCAAUACAAAGAUCUAGCCACCGCCGUAUCCCACAUCGAUAACCUUGAGUUCCUCGCCGACGUAAUUCCCAAGACUACGACCUACAAGCAAUUCAAAGAAAAGAAGGCCAAGGAGAUGGGUGCACCAGGAGAGUUGGAGAAGGGCCAGCGACGCUUGAACGGGACAGCUGCGCCGGCCGGGGACCAGAAUGGUGCUCAGCCACAGGACACAGAGAAAGCGUCAGAAGAUACAAAUCAAUCACCCACAGCUCGGGUGCCUGUCAGUACACUGAUCGCGGAUCGGACGGUGGACUCUUCGGCGCGCCACGAUAACGAUGUUGAGAUGCAGGAUUGA